GCAGGCGGAGGACCCGGCGCUGGGCACCGGAGGCCGUGUAAGGAACCGAGGCGGCGCACAGCUGGAGGCUCAGAGCUGCCGGGCUGAGGCGGGAACUCGCAAGAGAAGAGGGAGACGGGCCAGGGAUAGCCACCAUGUCCUUCCCGCACUUUGGACACCCGUAUGGCAACGCUUCCCAGUUUCUGGUGUCUGCAAGUUCCAGCGCCACUUGCUGCGAAUCCGCCCCGCGCUCGGUCCCAGAUGUGGCCUCAGGCUCCACCCCGGCGGCCGCUCUCUGCUGCGCGUCCUACGAUAGCCGGCUGCUAGGCAGUGCGCGGCCCGAGCUGGGCGCGGCCUUGGGCAUCUACGGAGCCCCCUAUGCGGCCGCUGCAGCCGCGCAGAGCUACCCCGGCUACCUGCCCUACAGCCCGGAGCCGCCCGCGCUGUACGGGGCGCUGAAUCCACAGUAUGAAUUUAAGGAGGCUGCAGGGAACUUCACACCUGGCCUGGCCCAACCGGGAGCCUACUAUCCCUAUGAGCCGACUCUGGGGCAGUAUCAGUAUGACCGGUACGGGGCUGUGGAGUUGAGUGGCGCCGGGCGCCGGAAGAACGCCACCCGGGAGACCACUAGCACGCUCAAGGCCUGGCUCAACGAGCACCGCAAGAACCCCUACCCCACCAAGGGCGAGAAGAUCAUGCUGGCCAUCAUCACCAAGAUGACCCUCACCCAGGUGUCCACCUGGUUCGCCAACGCGCGCCGGCGCCUCAAGAAGGAGAACAAGAUGACGUGGGCGCCGAAGAACAAAGGCGCGGAGGAGAGGAAGGUGGAGGGCGGAGCAGAGGAAUCGCUAGGCUGCCUGAACGGUGACACCAAAGAUGUUACAGCUAGCCAGGAGGCUCGCGGGCUCCGGCUGAGUGACCUGGAAGACCUGGAGGAAGAGGAGGAGGAAGAGGAGGCGGCAGAAGAGGAGGCAGUGGCUGCAGCUACUGACAGGCUGGCCGAGUUCCCUAAGGACACGCAGUCGCUGCCAGCGCCAUGCGCCGCAGCCCGAGAUGGCGGGCUGGAGCGCAGGGAGUGCGGCCUGGCGGCGCCCCGCUUCUCGUUCAAUGAGCCCCCGGGGUCGGGAGAAGCGGAUUUCCUCCGGGCGGAGCCCGGGGGUCCCACGUUGACCAUGCCCUACCCGUGCAGAGAGAAACCGCGCAUCUGGUCUCUGGCGCGCACGGCGGCAGCCAGCGCGGUCGAAGGUGCCCCUCCAACCCCGCCCAGGCCGCGAAGUCCUGAGCGCCUUCUGAUUCCUGGACAGCUUCCAGGCUCGGGCGCGCGACCCGCGGUCCCCAGAGACUCCGCGUGCGACGAGUCUUCUCGAGUAGCCAAAGCCUUCGGAACCCCCCCGUUUGCCCUGCAGGGCCUGCCGCUGAGCUGUGCGCCGUGCCCGCGGCGGAGGGAGCCCGCCGUGCGGUGCCAGUACCCGUCCGGAGCGGAAGCAGGUUAGCGCAUUGGCUGCGAUUUGCGGAAGAAUCUUGGAAAUCCGCCCUACUUUCCAGCUCACCUCCGCACUACGAAGCCGGGAGACCUGCCAGGGGCUGGGGUUCUCACGUCGGCUGAGACAGAUAGACAGACACACAGAAACCCUCCUGCCGGCCCUCCUUGCACGUGGAGCUGGGAGGGCCUGGCAGACUUGCAUUUCGUCAGCUCCUGGCCAGGGGGAGGUGGCAGGGCCUCUUGGGGAAGGCCGGGGGAGAAGGCUGGGCGAGUCUGCCGGGUGCACCCACUCAGUAUACCAAGUCUCCCUCCCUCCUCUGGAUUCAGGGUAUGCGGCCUCCCUCUCGUGCUCACCCCUGCCCCCUCACUUUGUAACUUCGGCGCUGACCUGGCCCCUAAGGACCACGUGCAUCUUCUCUCCCUCCCCACUCUUU